AUGCAAGCCAGCAGUUUGCUGAACGUGAGCUUGCCGACGACGUCGACGACGACGCCGGUGAUGCCCUCGUACCGUGUGCCGAGCUCGGCUUACCACCACCAGCCCGCACGGCCGUCCGCCAACCAGCUCGUCUUCGCCGCCCAGUCCACCGGCUCCCCCUCCGCCCUCCGUGACGGCGACCUCAAUCGGCCCGGCGCGGACCCCCCUCUUCCGUGGACCUACACUGCACCGCUGAGUGCUCCCACCUCAGUCACCCUCACCAAGCGACAGGUCGUGCUCGAGAUCGAAGUCAUCACCGUCGUCAACGUGAUCCCGAAGGAUAGAUACCCGAAUGCCAGCCCGGUCGCGGUCACCGUCACCGUGCCCCCACCGACAAACACGAUGAUCAGCAACGGAGGAUGGCCGAUCAUCAAUCCCGGCUCCACCGCCGCCUGUUGGUCAGACAUGGCCUGCAACAGCGUAUGUCCAAACUUCCAGCAGAACGGCUGGUAUGCCCAUUGCAUGGACGCCGCGUGCACCCAGUGUCGCUGCCAGAUUAUCUCCCCGAGUAUGUGCAGUGGACAAGCAUGGUCAAAUGCCACUUGGGUAUCAACCGCCCCAGCCAGGACUGUCCAAAUCAACCCCGCCGUGGCUACCGUGACUGUCGUCGUCGCCCAGGCGGGUCCAUCAUUAUUCGAUCAGAUGAGCCGCCGGAACCGGUGGAUCGGCCUUAUGCUCCUCUCCCUCUCGCUCUCAGCCUGGCUCGUCUCUUGA